AUGUCCAAAGUUGAAAAAGAAGUACAGGCCAAGCUUAAUGCGGACAAACCAGCGGCUCAAAAAGUGAGCAAGGCUGGAUCGUUCAUUGCCGGUGGUAUGGCUGCAUGUAUUGCGGUCACGGUAACGAACCCAAUUGAACUGGUGAAAACAAGAAUGCAAUUACAAGGUGAAAUGUCAGCAGAAGCGCAAAGAAUAUAUAAGAACCCAUUGCAGGCGUUGUCUGUUAUUUUCAAGAACGAGGGUAUCCGUGGUUUGCAAAAGGGUCUGUCGUGUGCGUACAUUUACCAGAUCGGAUUGAACGGAUCGAGACUUGGAUUUUACGAACCUAUCCGGUCUCUGCUCAACAGCACUUUCUUCCCAGCUCAAGAUCCACAUAAGGUUCAAAAUGUGGCUAUCAAUGUGACUUCUGGUGCUACGUCCGGUAUCAUUGGGGCCAUCAUGGGAUCUCCGUUGUUUUUGAUCAAAACCCGUAUGCAAUCGUAUUCGAAUGCGGUCCAAAUUGGCCAACAGACUCAUUACACCUCGAUUGCAAAUGGUCUAUCGACUAUCUACCGUGCUGAGGGUAUCAAAGGCUUGUUCCGCGGUGUAGAUGCCGCUAUUCUGAGAACCGGUGCCGGCUCAUCUGUCCAAUUGCCUAUCUACAACACUGCGAAACGGUUUUUGCUUGAUAACAAUGUGAUGCAAGAAGGAACAGGGCUUCACUUGGUCGCCAGUACCAUUUCAGGUCUCGGUGUCGGUGUGGUGAUGAACCCAUGGGACGUUAUUUUGACCAGAGUGUACAACCAGAAGGGCAACCUAUACAAAGGCCCUCUCGACUGCUUGGUUAAGACGGUCAGAAUCGAAGGUAUUGGUGCUCUGUACAAGGGUUUCGAGGCCCAAAUUUUCAGAAUCGCUCCUCACACGAUCUUGUGUUUGACUUUCAUGGAGCAGACCAUGAAGCUCGUUUACGCAGUUGAGAAAAGAGUUUUCACCGCAUAG